CACAUCAAGACCAACUACUUUCUCUGGAAGAAAGAGCAGGAUAGACAGGGAAACGGGCAACCACUAACGGGUGAGAUCAGCGUGGGUGACAAGUGUCUCGCUACAUGCAGCAUGUUGCUGGACUGUGGAGUCACCACGGUCUACGUGUCGAAGCGUUGGGUCGAGGAGCACCAGCUUCAGACAACCAAGUUCAGCGACAAGAACAUUCGCGUGAAGCUUGGAGACAACCAAAUCGUGUAA